UCUACCCAACCGCUCUCUAAAUUUUCGCUCCCAUUUUCGCUCCCUAUAAAACCUUUCCGGAUAAAAUCCUUCCAGAAAUUUUCAAACGCCAAAUUAUGCAUUCCCUGAGCUUCAAGGUUUCCACUCACUACUGCGCCCGGUGUCGUCUCCCGGGCCCGGAGUCGGAGCCCCGGCCCGGACGAGUCGGGUUCGGGUUCCGGAGUUUCCGGAGAGGCGUUAGGGUUGCGGCCGAGUCGGAGAGGAAUGGCUGGAGCGGGAGCCGGAGCUCAAGCCAGAGUCCGGGUCCGGGUCCGAGACCGAGUUCGUUUCUGUCUCGGAGCCAGACGUAUGCUUUGUUGAAGCAGCAAAUGGAGGUUGCUGCGAAAUCUGAGGAUUAUGAAGAGGCGGCGAGGAUUCGUGACUCGUUGAAGAUGUUGGAGAAGGAGGAGCCGGUGUUGUGGCUCCGGAGGUUGAUCAAGGAGGCGGUGGCGGAGGAGAGGUUUGAGGAUGCGGCUAAUUAUCGAGAUGAGCUUAAGGAAAUCACACCGCACGCUUUCUUGAAAUGUUCAAGUGAUGCGACGACCUUGGGCAUUCGGGUUCAAGUUAGGAGUGUGUACAUAGAGGGCCGAAGUCAGCCUUCCAAGGGGCAACACUUCUUUGCAUAUAGAAUAAGAAUCACUAAUAACUCCGACCGUCCUGUUCAACUUCUUAGAAGGCAUUGGAUUGUCACCGAUGCCAAUGGAAAGUCAGAGAAUGUGUGGGGAAUUGGUGUUAUUGGUCAGCAGCCAGUGAUUCUUCCUCAGACUAGUUUUGAAUACUCAUCUGCAUGCCCAUUAAGCACUCCUACUGGCAGAAUGGAAGGUGACUUUGAGAUGAAACACAUCAAUAGGUUAAGUUCACAAUCGUUUAACGUGGCUAUUGCCCCAUUUUCCCUCGCCAUAUUAGGAGACGAUGAUUUCUUGUGA